AUGACUAUGGCUGAUGGCGGUUUCAGCUUCUCAAAAGUUCCGCAAAUAGAUAGCCUGAAGACCCCGGCGCACGCUACCUCAAGAGAGCACAAUGUGCCGUUUCGUGUUCCGCCGCCCGCCAGGAAGGCGGUUCCCACUUCGCGAGAUCGACUAUCAGCCACUUCAUCUGAGGAUGAACGCAUGUUGACUGAAACGAGAGACAAAGAGUUCGUCACGAGCCUGGGGAGACCUGUGCGAAAGGGCUCAAUCAAUUGGGUCGAUGCUCUCGCCACACUCCUGUCCAUGUUGUGCCUCAUUGGGGCAAUCGUGGUGGUCAAUCCGUCCUUUUCUUAUUCAGCCUACCUCGGAUACACAGAACAAAUCAUAGUCGUGGGCUUUCUCCUUGGCAUUAUGACCCAGUGCAUGCUUCGAACUGUCCCGCAUGCAUUUCUCCUGAUCGAAGCCCGGUACGGCCAGUCGACUUUACAGAACUUUGACGGACUUUUACGGUGGACUCCGCUUGCAGACAACAUGGGAACCAUAUGGACAGUCUUACUGGGAGUAUUGCUCUUGCUGCCUCUCGGCCUGAGCAUCGGCUAUAAAAGAUACACUGGAGGCAUAGGCAGCACUGGCUCCGUCACUACGGUUGUCGAAUUCGGUACCAGCUCUCCCCCUGGUACUCAGAGUACCGGUGUUUUGAACCAGAUGGUGAAUGCCACAUUGCCUUUUAUGGCAGCAACCACCACAAACGAAACCUUACCAGAGUUUGGCACUGGAAGCGGUCAAGUCUACGGCUACAAUCUGGCUUUGUUCUCGGUAACAGAAGCUGCUGCCCUCGAUAUCCCUCUAUCAGAAACUGUCCUAUCAAUUCAAGCCGAACUAGGCUCUGGCGAACUCGCAAUAGUAUCUGCCGAUGUCAGAGGAACAAUGGCCCGACAUCAUCCCUUAUCUAACACGUCUAUCGAUUGGGAAGACGCGUGGACAUAUGGAGAUUGGAGUGCCUCCAAUCUGUGGGGCGAUGAAUACUAUCUCGGAUUCCUCGCAGUCAGCGGGCCCAAGGACGACGAUCCAAGAUCGUGGAAUUCUUCCUGGGUUUUUCUUGGUGCCUUCAACGAGAGCGUAACGAACAAUGUCAGCGAGAAUGCCAUCGCAUUUCAGCAGGCAGCGCGUCUCUUCACUCUCUCGCGCGUAGGCUGUCAUGCUACCUGGAACAUCACCACCGGUUCGAUCCUGCUCGCCGCAGCCCGUUGUGGCGACGAGCUAUGGAAAGGCUACCAGUUCUACACAAGCUGUCAACUGGCUAUAGCGGAGCGGGUGCCGUCGCUGUUACCGGAAUACCUAGCUCCAUUCACAACCUUCAGAAAAGGCUCCCCUUGGGAACUGUCGACGUACGUGAUGUCUGUCGCCUCCAGCUACCAAUCCCGCAUGGCCUCCAGUCUCGGAAGCGUGCCCGUCCAGGUAAACGGAUCCAUAUAUCAGGAUUGGGCCUUGGCUACAAAUUCCACCACGGCCUCUCCCCUGAAUUUAACAUCAGGGCUGUACCAGGAGACGUACAACAGUACCCUGACGAAGAGCAUCCAACGGCCCGUGCUGAGAUCGGACUGGUUGCUGUACGGCCUUUUGGCCAUCCAGCCGUUUCUUACCGUGCUGGGCAUCGUCACUAUCUAUCUACUCCGCAGAGUUCCUCUUGCACACGGCUUCGGUUUGAUCUCCGUUCUGGCAGGAGUCGAUAAGGACGGGCUCGACAUUCUGGCGGGAGCCACCUUGUCGGGCCAGACGAAGAAAGCAGUGAGCAUGCAAGUAGAUGUCGUCGAAGAUGUGAAUCCUUCCAAUGGUACACUGACAAGAAGGCUACGUUAUUCGCUUGGCCGCCUAGGUUUGGCGCAUCCACUCGUGGAUACAAAGCUGAAAUAUCAUUGA